CCUGCAGUGUUGGCAAGAUGGCGCUGCAGGUGAUGCCAGCCGUGCAGGCGGUUCACCUGGAUUCCAACGCUUACCUCGUCUGCCUCAGCCAUGCUCUGAGUACCGAAAAGGAGGAAGUGAUGGGGCUGUGCAUCGGUGAGGUGAAUGAUGACACCAGCCCCCAAAGGAGUGACGCCAAAUUUGCAUGCAUUGGAUCUGAACGGCACACAGUUGCUGAAAAGGUUGAUACCAUCAAAGUCAUUCACAUCCACUCUGUUAUCAUCCUGCGCCGUUCUGACAAGAGGAAAGACCGAGUAGAAAUUUCUCCUGAGCAGUUGUCUGCAGCCUCCACAGAGGCAGAGAGGUUGGCCGAGCUUACAGGCCGCUCCAUGAGAGUGGUGGGCUGGUAUCAUUCCCACCCUCACAUCACCGUCUGGCCUUCCCAUGUUGAUGUUCGCACACAGGCCAUGUAUCAAAUGAUGGAUCAAGGCUUUGUAGGACUUAUUUUUUCCUGUUUCAUAGAAGAUAAAAACACAAAGACUGGCAGGGUACUCUACACUUGCUUUCAAUCCAUACAGGCCCAAAAGAGCUCAGAGUAUGAGAGAAUGGAAAUCCCUAUCCAUAUAGUCCCUCACACAACCAUCGGGAAGGUCUGCCUGGAAUCAGCAGUGGAGCUGCCCAAAGUCCUGUGCCAGGAGGAACAGGACGCCUACAGGAGGAUCCACAGCCUUACACAUCUGGACACAGUCACCAAGAUCCAUAAUGGUUCAGUAUUCACGAAAAACCUCUGCAGUCAGAUGUCAGCUGUCAGCGGGCCUCUCCUGCAGUGGUUGGAGGACAGACUGGAACAAAACAAAGAGAUUUUGCAGGAAUUGCAGCAAGAAAAGGAGGAACUUUUGCAAGAACUCUCUUCUUUGGAAUAAAGGAAUA